CCUCACGUCAGCUGGGUUUUGUUUUUGCUGUAACUGAUUGCUGUGCGUGUCAGCAACUGGACAUCGAGCAUUAAUAAUAAGUUGUGAUAAAAAAAAUAACCAAAAUAUUUAUUUUGAAGCAAAAUUGGCACAAUAUAUAGACGCAUAUUCGCCCCUUGAGACUUUUAUUUGAGGAGGUGGACAGUAAUGGGAUGAUUGAACCGAUCCAGGACGCCAGAACCGAAGAGGAGGCGCGAAGAUCCGGUUCCCCCUCCGACAGAAAAAGAUCUGAUGGAUCUCCGACAUUUCAGAGACUACUCUGUUCUUCCUUCAACCAGGACAUGACGUCUUUGGCAGUUGGUUGUAAGGAUGGCUACAGGCUUUUCUCUCUGUCCUCUGUUGACAAAUUAGAUUGUAUUCAUCAGGGGGUUGAAAGCCCUUAUGUGUACAUCGUGGAGCGGCUCUUCUCCAGCAGUCUGAUGGUGGUUGUGAGCAGAUCUACUCCAUUCCGAAUGAACAUCUACCAUUUUAAGAAGGGCACAGAGAUCUGUAACUACAGCUACUCCAACAACAUCCUCUCUGUCAAACUGAACCGAAAGAGACUUGUAGUGUGUUUGGAGGAGGCCCUGUAUAUCCAUGACAUCAAAGACAUGAAGCUUCUGAAAUCUCUCCGCAACACUCCAUCAAACCCCAAAGGUCUCUGUGCACUCUCUGUCAAUCAUUCCAACUCAUAUCUGGUUUACCCUGGAAGUUCCACUGCUGGAGAAAUUACUCUUUAUGAUGCCAUGAAUCUGAGUAUGGUGACUGUGAUCUCUGCCCAUGCCAGCCCUGUGGCAGCCAUCUCAUUUAAUGCUUCAGGAACCCAUCUGGCCAGUGCUUCAGAAAAAGGCACUGUUAUAAGAGUUUUCAGCAUACCUGAUGGAGUCAAACUGUUUGAAUUCCGCAGAGGGAUGAAAAGGUAUGUUAGCAUCAGUUCCUUGUCAUUCAGUGCCGAUGAACAGUUUCUGUGCGCCUCCAGUAACACAGAGACUGUUCAUAUCUUCAAACUGGAGCAUCACAAUCCCAGUAAGGAGUCUUCCUCCUGGACUGCAUAUAUGGGGAAGGUGUUCUCUGCUGCCAGUACAUACCUUCCCUCACAGGUGUCAGACAUGAUGCAUCAGGACAGAGCAUUUGCUAUCGUUCGACUAAGUGUUUCAGGCCAAAAGAAUGUAUCAGGUCUCGCCAUGAUCCAGAAGGUUCUGCGUCUAUUGGUGACCUCCUUAGAUGGUCAUCUCUACAUCUACAAUGUAGAUCCCCAGGAAGGAGGUGACUGUAGAUUAGUAAAGAAGCACAGACUGUUUGAGAGUAAUGAUGAAGAUCCAGUGGAGACCGAGCUCCAGGAUGAAAGUCUCUCCUAUGCAACGACUGUCAAAACCACAAAUCAAAACUCUCCAUCCUCCAGUUCACUCACAGGUUAGUCUGAGGAUGGAGGUGCAAAGAAAGGGGAGCUUAUUCCAGAAUAUGAGUUUGCGGAUGGACCUGUUUGUAUCGAUGAUGAACAGGAGUUUCCUCCAGUUAGCUUUCAGAACACCUGAAGAUCUACUAGAUAUGUCUUCAUAUUUCUUCAGAACGCCUUAGUGGAAAAUAAAUUUUGGAUACAAGAUUUGGAAAAGGGGACAAAAGCUGUUUGUAUACACUCUGGGUAACUUGUGUCACAAUAAUGUGGGAAUCUGCAACAAGGUUUUACUAUAUUUCCUGGAAAACUCCAUUUAAAACAAUCCAAACACAAACUACAAAAUUCUUGCAUUUGAAAAGAGCAAAAGCUUGUCUGAUAUUUAGCAGAUGGACACAUCUGACAAGGUAGUAUUAGUCAGUAACAGUUUUAAGGUGGGGAUUAGCGAAGUGUCAGUUCAGGGAUUCAGAGUUACAAGCUCUUGCUAAACUUACACAAAUUCAUCCAAAUGUAUGGAGCAUGUUAAAACUAGAGCAAUUUAUAAAUGUGUGUGUAUAAUGCAUUUCCCAAGUAGAAACUGUAGAAACAACUGCAAAAUCAUAUUUGUCUUUCAAAACCCUUAAGCUGGCUGACAUUUAUGUUGAAGCACAAUUCUUUUUACCUUGUCUAUACAUAGAAACAUGGAUGUAGAACUGAAAUACUCUCACUGAUGGGAGUGAAACUGAAUUUUUAUGAGUGUAGGAGGAGGCUUAAAGUCUGACAGUAGUCAGAUUUUGAAAUCAUAGCAACAUUUGCAUAAAUUGCAGUUAACCUACAAUUACAAGUAGUAAAAGUGUACAAUUAAAUUUUACAUAUUUGUCCAUCUCGAGAUGUUACAGUUUUGACCAUAAUAAAAACAUGAAUUGUUGUAAAUCACCACAACAGGGGGAAAGGGUUUACUGAAAAGACAACACAUUUCAGGGUGAUAUGUAAUUUAUUUUCAGGAAGAAUUAGGGAAUAGGGACACCACAGUUUUUCCCUUCCCUUUACACACUCUAGUCUGUCAAUAUCACACUGCUGAUUGAGGUGAGGAACUUAUAAAUUCUGACCCUUUUAAAAUGAAGUGGCCAAAAUGAAAUGGUGUGUUGACAUAAAAUGAGUAUAGGAUGUAACAUCACUAAAUAAAGCACAUGAACAUACAGUAUACAUCUCAUUAAACACAAGAUUACACCAUAGUAAACACAUGAAAAAUUACUAUGGCUUGCUAAAUAUUUAGUAAAUAUGGAUUCUAUAAAACAAA